AUGAAACUAGGAAACACCAUAUCAGAAGAAUUCCCAUGUACGGUGAACAGCAUAGCGGAGAGAGAAAGGACAAAGGGCCUCGCCGAUAACCGUCGCGAAUGGCACGCUGAAAGCCGCCUUGUCGACCGGCAAAGGGAAAGGGAAAAGGAUCGUAAAACCAAGCUGUUGUAUGAUUUCCUUGAGGCAUAUAAUUUGUCACAGCUUAUUGAAUCUCCUACUAGAAUAACCAAAUCGACGAGUACAUUGACAGAUUUGCUCAUAGUAGGUGAUCCGGAUGACUUCAUUUCUGUCGAUACACUUGAUGUUGGUAUGUCGGACCAUUGUGUUUUGACUUUUAAAAUUAAUUUCUCUAAGGCGAGUAGAUAUGAGAAGUUUUUAAGAUACCGCGAUUAUUCAAAGUUUGAUGCAGAUUUAUUUUAUAACGAUCUACAUUCUGUUAAUUGGAGCUUCAUCUACACACUACCAGAUGUAGACUCUAUGGUGGAUCAUCUUGAAGUAAAUCUUAAAACUCUCUUUAAUCGCCAUGCACCUUAUCGUCAAGUGAGGGUUAGUAAGCCGCCUGCUCCUUGGCGUACAUAUAAUUUAAAAAUAAUGAUGUCAGAGAUAAAGCUUUUAAAAAAUAUAAAUGUAUAA